UACUGGACUUGGUCUGAACACGGUGCUGGUGCAGUCUUGGACUUAAUGUGGACAUGGCAGAGGGGCAGGUGUCGAUGGACAGGAUGCUCUGUGCCAUAUGCCUGGAGGUGCUCAGACGUCCAGUGAGCCUCCCAUGUGGACACAGCUUCUGUCUGGACUGUGUGGAGGGAUACUGGGCAGAUGCAGAGAAGGACUGCCUCUGUCCUCAGUGCAGGCACAGGUUUCCCCACAGGCCAAUCCUCGCCACAAACACCCUGAUGGCAGAUCUUCUGGAGGAACUCAGCAAACACAUCAGCCAUGAGCCUGCCUCUAGGUCUGCCUCUAGGUCUGGAUCAGACUCAGGCAGCUCUGUUUGCUGUUCCAUCUGUGUGGAGCCCAAGAAACCUGCGCUCCAGUCCUGUUUGCAGUGCCUGGCCUCCUACUGCCACCUACACCUCCAGCUGCACCAGCAGGCCCCUGCCCUCCAGAAACACACCCUGGUCCAACCCUGCCACAGCCUGCUUCAGGACACGUGCUCACAGCACCACGAGCCCCUGAAGAUCUACUGCCGCACGGACAAGCAGUGCAUCUGCUACCUGUGUUCUCUGGACCAGCACCGCACCCACGACACAGUGCCUGCAGCAGAGGAGAGGGAGGAGCAGCAGAGGCAACAGGAAAUGGACCUACAGCGCCAUCUCCAGACCACAGACAACCAUGUGGACAUGAUCAACCACCAGAUGGAGGUUUUUGAUGAGUCUGCUGACAGCUUCUUGAAAGAGGUUGAGGACAUCUUCAGCAAGACCGUAGACCUCAUCAGCAUUAGGAGUAUCAAAGUGAAGCGUGAGGUGGAGGCGAAGAGGAGAGCGGUGGUGAGCUCACUGAAAGCCAUGGCAGCAGUUAUGGAGCAGGAAAGACAUGAGCUCAACAUGAAGCAAGCGGAGCUACACAUCCUGUCAAACACACAAGACCAUGCCCACUAUCUGAAACUCUGUCCUGCAUAUGUCUCUCCAGACCCCAAACCAUGCUACAUACCACCACACAACUACUUCAGAGAUGUGCUAGCCUAUACACAAGAUGCUGUCAAGGAGAUGACUGAAGUUUUAAUUGAGAAAUGUGAAAAGAUUUCACUAGUUCUGGAAGAUGUGGGUGCUUUCCUGAGACAAGCCCCUACAACCACAGAGGAGCUUGUUCAACAUUUCCAUGACAUCAGAUUAGAACCAAAUAUCCACAUCCCACUGUCAAAGGAAAACCAAAGAGCUGAGUUAUCCCUGGUCCUUUCCAAGAUGCUGGAUUUUGGUUUGCACGAUAAGCCAGUGUUCACGAGCCGCCUCAAAGUAUUCAGUGCCGGGGCUCUGAGUGGCAAGUGCUACUUGGAGAUGACCUACUCCUCCAGCAUGUUCUGCGUGGCCUUCACCUACAAAAAUCUGACAGCAGAAGACCAGGAGAUGUUUGGGGACAAUGUGAGCUCAUGGGCGCUGUACCUGCGUGAUGGUUCAUUCUGGUUUAGGCACGGGGCAGUAGAGAGCCAGCUCCCUGGGCCCAUCUGCUCCAGAAUAGGCCUGUACUUGGACUAUGCUGCGGGGAUGAUCUGCGUUUAUGGAGCAUCUGGGUCUCUGUGUCUGCUCCAUGAGGCUCGUGCUGUGUUCACCAGACCGCUCUAUCUUGGGAUACAACUGCUUCAGACCGGGGCACUGGAGAUCUUUACAUCAGCAACAAUAAACUGAGCAAAGACAGUUCUUUAAGGGGAUAUUACACAAAAUCAUUUUUUUACCAUGUCAUCAAAAACAUGCCUGAAAAAGUUUUAGCUCUUUUCCAUGUAUGUUUGAGUAAUCGAGUGACCUCUCCCAGGCUCUAUUCAAACCCUCCUUACCUUGAGUUGUAGGGCUCUGCCCACAACACGACAAUUCUCCAUAAAUAUAUAAAGACAUGAUACAAAACUGUACACAGUAAUCUGACAAACCUGAUGUGAUGUGCAGUAGUUUCAUUAGCGGAAUGCACGUUGAUUGUGUUGUGACAGCACUUAAGGCAGGAGUCAAAAGGAGGGGGGAAAGAAAGUCCAUCCAUUUUCUCCCAGGGGCCGGGUCAUAGGGGGAGCAGUCUAAGUAGGGACUCCCAGACUUCCUUCACUGUGGACACUUUCUCCAGCUCCUUGGAGAAACUCCAAGGCAUUCUCAGGCCAGAUCUGGAGAGAUCUGGAGAGAUCUGAAGAUCUGGGGGAAAGAAAGUGAUACUUAUAAACAUAAUUUCAAGACAGCAAAACAAUAAAAGGUAACAUGGUGAUCUAUAUAUGUUAUGUGUUAGAAGUUAAUACCUCAUAGAAGUAAAAUAACCCCUUUAACAAGUUAGUUGUAUUUUUAUUUAAUCAUGCUCUU